CAGUUACCGGCGGAUGAGCGAAGUUUCACCUUUGGCACGGCGGUUCUCACGGAACCAUUGGAUCGUCGAACGAGUGGAAUACCCCUGACACAAGAUAUGAAGUCGAACCUGGGCGCAACCGCUUACAUGAUUCGGAUCGUCGCGUUCUGGGGUAGGGUAACGACAUAUGUCAACUCCAGCACCACUCCGAGCUUGUGGUCGAACGUCGCAAACAAGAAGCGCAUCGCGCCCUGGUUACCGCAAUCAGAGUUCUCGACGUUGGUGGCGGAUUUGAAGGGUUGGCAUGAUGACCUGCCGGCAUGGUUGAAGUAUACCCCGGAGAACCUGGCUGCGCACGUCAGUAUUAAUGCUGCGCCGCCGUAUGUCUUCAUGCAUAUCGCGUAUCAUACCGUUUUGUGUACAUUGCACCGUUUCUCUGUACCGAGCAAUAGCUCACCUGGUGCAAAGGGCGGGCCGAGCGCUGCCUUGGGAACGGGCCCUGCGGUCGCUGCUGGCGAAGAAGCACCUCCGGCUGAUUUUGUCGCGUCAAGUGUCGCGGCUUGCUUCUACCACGCAAGACAGAUCUCCUUGAUCAUGACGGACCUGCGCGCUCGUGCGGAUGAGUGUCAAAUUACGGCACCUUUCGUCGGAUUCGCUAUCUUUACUGCAUCUCUCUUCCACCUCCAUAAGGCUUAUGCAUCUUCACCCGGGACAAGCGCUGAAGCGGUUGAAGAAGCAAAACGCUUCCUUGCACUUGGAGUCGAGGUACUAGAUCAGCUUCGGAAAUGGUGGGGUCCUUUGGAAGGAUUGUUCUUGGCAUUGAGCAAUCUUGUCAAAGCUCAGACUGCGGGUCCAAGCCCGAUGGUGGGAAUGCAAGGGUUCGCACCCUCAGUACCUCCUCGGAGUGCUGCUGGACUUGACCUUACGGGUACAUCUGCUAGAAACACGCCGGUGUUGCCUGUUGCCUCUAGCAACUCCACUCUGGGCGUCGUUGGGCUGUCCAAGGCCCCAACCCCACAACCUGGUGGAGCACAACAGCAAUGGGAUCCCACCUCCAUGAUCCAGAUGGCGAGCAACCUGGAAGGUUUCGGAUACAGGGAAGGAUCCCCUUCAAACGACUUCUCCUUCCUCGACAUGAUGUUCGCCGAGGGCGCGAAUGGUUCCAAUUUCGCAUCUAUGCCCGGGAGUCCAAGGAUGGGUGGUCCAUUCUCGGCAAACCCCACGAGACCAGGAAGUCCUCGCACUCAACAACAACCAACGAUGCAGAACUCGUUCAAUAUGCCAUUCCCUGGUGCCAUCGCGGACCCGAUGCGAGCGAGUCCGGGUGCUUCGGUAGCCGCUGUUGCUCCAGCAAGUGGUGCGAAGCCGUCGUAUACACGUUAUGAGUCAACACCGGCCGCUACUCCCGUCCCAGCUGCCGGUAACGGUUCUGCGGAGACCGUUCCGCGCUCCGUGGAUGGAUUCCUACAACCGCCCUCGCCUCGUCCCACACAAGCAAAGGCAUUCACUUGUGCCGGCACCGGCACUGGCACCGCACCCCAUUCGCCCGUCCUGACAACAGAUGGACUCCAACACCCAACGCCUUCCCAUCCGGAUGUUCAGACUGGCCCUGGGUUGGCGGACGAGACCUUGGGUAAAGACGCGGAUGCCGCAGAUCUGUUGGUGUACUUCCAAAAGCAAUGUAGUGGAGCAGCAAGUUCUGGUGCAACGCCUGUACCGGCAGCCGUGGAACACGGGGACGCAGUCGCAGCCGGAACGAAGAGGACAGCGGAUGGUCAGCCAAAGGCCUCAGACGGUGGGGCGAGCAGAGCGGAUAUCUCACAUUUGCUCGAUGCUGGACGGCAGUGAACAGGAGAAGGAGUACGAAAAAUGUGUGUACGAUUGGCGUUAUUGGGUUUUGCUUUUUGCGAUGAAUUAUGGCGUUUGCCUUGGG